UCCUGGGGCUGCCGCAGGCCGCCGGGCCCGGUCACCGCGGGGUAGGCCGGGCCCUAGCGGCCCCUCCGCUCGCCGCCGGGCCGGAGGGCUGUUCCCGGGCUGGCGGAGGUGUUACAGUGUCCGGCUGACCCCGGGCGGCGGGGGAGUCUCGGCGCCGGGGAGAAGCAGGCGUUUCCCGCUGGGCCGGGCCUGGCCAGCCUGGUGCGGUUCCGCGGCCGGAGGCGAGGCGGGGCAGGGCAGGGCAGGGACGCGCUUCAGCGGUAACUGCUCUUGCAAGAUUCCUUGAAUCUGCAGGAAGGAGUGUCAGAGGCUGCUGAGACUUGGGCUGUAUGAAAACUCCCAGAGGAAAUGCCAGUUGGGAUGGCUCGAGAUCUGGAGGAAACUGGCUCAUCCUCAGAGGAGGAGGAAGAAGAUAUUGGGCUGGAGGGUCAUCCAUGUAUCAAGUGGACCGGUGGCGGCUGCAGGCGGAUCCCUGUCUUGGUGUUUCAUGCUGAAGCCAUUCUGACCAACGACAGCUACCUCCGCCUAAUUGGAGAGCGCUACCACUUGUCCUAUAAGAUUGUGCGAACAGACAGCCGUCUGGUUCGAAGCAUUCUGACUGCCCAUGGAUUCCAUGAGGUGCACCCUAAUAGCAGCAAUUAUAAUCUCAUGUGGACAGGAUCACACUUGAAGCCCUACUUGUUGCGUUCCCUUACAGAUAUUCAGAAAGUCAAUCAUUUCCCUAGAUACAGCAUCUUGUUUUGGGACUUCAGGUCAUAUGAACUCACACGGAAGGACAGACUAUACAAGAACGUCAGUCGUAUGCAGCUGGCCCAUGGAUUCAAGACAUUCCAUAUCUUACCUCAGACCUUUAUCCUGCCAACAGAGUACCAGGACUUCUGCAAUACCUAUUCUAAGGACAGAGGCCCAUGGAUAGUGAAGCCCGUGGCCUCUUCCAGGGGUCGAGGUGUCUACCUGAUAAACAAUCCAAACCAGAUUGUCCUGGAAGACAACAUCCUGGUUUCUCGUUACAUCAGCAACCCCCUGCUCAUAGACGAUUUCAAAUUCGAUGUACGCCUCUAUGUUCUGGUUACAUCCUAUGAUCCACUUGUCAUCUAUCUCUACGAGGAAGGAUUGGCCAGGUUUGCAACAGUGAGGUAUGACCAGGCAUCCAAGAACAUUAAAAACCAGUUCAUGCAUCUGACCAACUACAGUGUCAACAAGAAAAGUGGAGAUUAUGUCAGCUGUGAUGAUCCUGAAGUAGAGGAUUAUGGAAACAAGUGGAGCAUGAGUGCAAUGCUGAGGUACUUAAAACAAGAGGGGAGAGACACUGCAGCACUGAUGGCCAAUGUGGAGGACCUGAUUAUCAAGACUGUAGUUUCUGCUGAGCUGGCCAUAGCCACAGCCUGUAAAACUUUUCUUUCACAUCGUGGCAGCUGCUUUGAGCUGUAUGGUUUUGAUGUCCUUAUUGAUGACACUCUCAAGCCCUGGCUAUUGGAAGUGAACCUAUCCCCAUCAUUGGCCUGUGAUGCUCCUUUGGACCUGAAGAUCAAAGCUAGCAUGCUCUCAGAUAUGUUCACUCUUGUAGGCUUCGUGUGCCAGGAUCCAGGCCAGCGGUCAAGCCGCGCCAUUUAUCAUUCAUCUGAAUCUGUCAGGAGAAAUCCAUACCAGAAGCUGCAGCGUCCUGUGUCUGCGCAGUCGCAAACAGCAAACACCAGGUUGCGUACCCGUCCUCUGUCUGCCAGUGAUGCUGAAAUUAAAAACCCACUGCCCUCAGGCAGGGAAAAAGCAACAGGAAGGCAAGGCAGCUCUGUGCUAGGUCUCUCCAUGGAGGAGAUAAAAGUUCUUCAUCGAGUGAGAGAGGAGAAUGAACGGAGAGGAGGCUUCAUCCGGAUAUUCCCUACCCCAUUAACGUGGGACCUUUAUGGAUCCUUUUUAGAGCACAAGACAUCAAUGAACUACAUGCUGGCUACACGUCUGUUUCAGGACAGGGGCAAGACGAAAAGAGACUUCAUCACUGGGAGAUCCCGAGCAGGUCUUAAUGGAAGGCUGGAUAUGAGGCUGGAAGCUGUAGACUCUCAUGCUCUCUUUUAUGAGAGAAAGCUUGUUUCACUGGAGUUACGGAAGCGCCGGCGAUGUCAUGGCAAGGCUAGAGCAGCACGGACAAGAUCAUCAGGGGCAUCAGAAACAACAAAGCUGUCCCUCAAGUCAGAUGCACAAGGUGAGGAGGAAGAGGAGGUGGAUGCAGGUGAAGAUGAAGAGCUAGAUAGAACUGUUGGCUCUCUUUCGGACACCCAGGUGAAAAGCAAGCCAAAGCUGUCUGACUUGGUGAAAACUGCUUGUAAGGAGAGGUUGCCAGAAAAACUCGACAAGAAAACUGGAGAUGGAGGAGAGCCGUUCCUUCAAAAAACAGACUCAGGAUCUCAGUUUAACUUGCUGCAGAUUCUUCAAAAACAUGGGAAUCUGAGCAAAGUGCAAGCUCGCAGGGCUUUCUCUGCCUAUCUACAGCAUGUUCAGUUGCGACUGAUGAAGGAGGCUGGUGACCAGAUCCAGAAUCCCACCUGGGCUGCCAAAGAGGAUGAGCAAAUGGAGCUUGUGGUACGCUUUCUGAAGCGAGCUGCCAGCAAUCUUCAGCAGUCCUUGAGGAUGCUACUCCCCAGCCGUCGUUUAGGACUAAAUGAUCGUCGUCGUAUCCUGGCUCACCAGCUGGGCGAAUUCAUAAUCUGUUAUAACAAGGAAACGGAGCAGAUGGUUCAGAAACGACCAAAAAAGAAACAGGAAGAGGAGGAGGAGGGAGUGAAUCCUGAAGGUUUUCAGAACUUUAUUACCAGAGCAAGUGAAAGUGACCUGGAGAAAGUGCUGACAUUUUACACACACAAAAACAAGUCAGCAGGUGUCUUCCUAGGAACAAAUUCCACAAGCACAAAACCCAGCAACACCAGGAACCAGUCAGAGAAACACCCUCAAGGGGAACAUCCUGACAUGGUGAAAAAAAUAAAAGGUGAUCAGCCCCAAAAUUCAGUUGCAGAUCUGCCUGCAGGAGGAGCAUUAAAAGGCUAUAAACUCAAAGAAGUCAAAUCAACCUUUCCAGAAGGACCCACCUUCUCCUUAAAUGCUGAAGUGAAAUUACCUCAGUGCGGCCCUCCUAGUGCUUCUUCAUCUGUUACUGGUGCCACGUUCCAGAGAAGUACCAGUUCCUGGAUACCAGCUCAGCCUCCAGCCUCUGAAAAUUCACAGGUGCCUGGUCACCAUUCAUUGCCAGCUCCUCUGGUUGGUCCCAGGCUGAUUCAGUCCCCAUCCCCACUACCAUUCUUGCAGAGCACAGCUCCUGACAGCUCUUCUGCCUUCACAAACCCAGUGUCCAGUGAGGCCUCUAGCCUUGCAGGGUUACAUCGUUGUCAUUCUGGUAGCUACACCAUUGGCCCAUUCUCAUCUUUUCAGAGAGCUGCUCAGAUCUACAGCCAAAGAUUGUCCCGACCAUCCUCUGCAAAAGUAGGUUUGUGCCAUCGUAGUCCAAGUGCGCAGCGUGUGGGCUCAGCCAGGAUGUACAAAGAUGCAGAAGAUACUUCUUCCCAAGGCAAACGUUAUAGCCCCAGUAUGGUAGCAGCAGAACUGCAGCAGCUGGCAGAAAAGCAAAUGGCCUGUCAGUAUUCCCCACCAAGCCACAUCAGUAUCCUUACACAGCAGUUAACAAACCUGAACUUGGCAAGUGGAGCUAUAAGCAAGGGGAAAGGAGCUGCCCCACAGAGCUACCGGUCACCACUUAACAAAAGAGGGUCAUUGUGGGCUGUUCAGUCAGACACUCAUAUAGCUGACAAAAAAUCUGUCUCUUCAGCAGUCAGGGCUCCAGAGAAUCAUCAUUUUGCCUGGGACAAAGAGAUGGAGAACAGUGUCUACAAGAAGGUGACACAGAGUCCGCUGGCACAUCCCAACUAUCAGCUCCAUUUUGCUGUGCAGCAACUUCAGCAGCAGAAACUUCAGUCACGACAGCUGUUGGAGCAAAGCCAAGCCCGGCACCAGGCUCUCUUUGCCAGCUACUCACAAUCCAGCACCAGCCAUAUAUCUAUGCCAGCUGGCUCUAAUGCCUGCAAGACAUCAAGUGCCACUUCUAGUAUCCAGAAGGCAGCCAGUUUGCACAAAGUGAUGCCAUCCCAGAAUACACCUUCUCAGCUGGUUCCAAAGCCUCCAGCCAACCACAGGCAGGCAGCGGUCAGAAAGGCUGCAGCCCAGAGGAUUUCCAAGGUGACAUCCACUGAAAGGCAACUGAAUGGAUUCCAGAACAGCCUUCACAGUGCUGCAUCCUGUGAGCCAGGGACAAAUUCCACAGCCUCUGCUCGCAGAGAAGGACCGACACUGAACACCAGGUGAGGAAUCCAGGCUGAUGCUUCAAGUAUAGGACAAAGGAAAAAAGCAGCAGUGACUUCAUACCACCAUGCUCCCGUAACACCCAGGAAAGAGUGAAAAGGAGGCCCUGGUUAGAGGACAACCCACUGAGGAGAGUACAUGAACAUCUGUGGAAGCUGGCAAUACACCUGCAAGCUGAGGUGAAUGAUUGCCUCUGAGAGCUUCUGCUGCUGAGUCUUGGGGUCCCUUCCUCCCACCUCUUCCUGAUCACUAACUGUGAGAUCUUUCUAGAAGACGCAGGUCCUCCAGCUGUCUGUAUUGUUCCUAAGGUCCAAAUUUGAACAUAAAGUCUCAUUUGCCUAGCCAUUUCAGUCUGUCCCAGUCUGGUAACAGCUAAGAUUCUCUGCUGUCAUUACAUGGCAACCAUCACAGAGAAAAAUAUUGGAACAUAUGACUGGAGACAUUCGUGUUGGUUGCCAUCUUGAAUUUUGGCACAGAGCCAUAGAAAUUAUUGGUUUGAAUAAAGUAAUUUAAUCUGGUUUUUUUGGUUAUAAUUUCGGUUGUGAAUUCACACCCCCAAAAUAUUUGCUGUCAUUGUAUUGGACAGGAUUUAAAAUCCAUCUUUAUGUUUUACUGUUGGAUGCUUAUGUUCUGUGUGGCUUAUUUUUGUAUUUUGAUUUCUGUUUGUUUAGGCUUUAUAAACUUUUUGGCUGAUGUUUUCAGACUGAAGCUUGAACCCUAGGGCCCAGGUGGCUCCUAUCAGUUGCAAUAGUGGCUUGAUGAAGCACUCCAGUUAAAAUUUGCCUACCGCUAUGAAAAUUAAUUUGCUUGUGUUAGAAAACAUCAUCAGCAUCUGGAAAAUGUAUUGGAGAGAAAAUCCACACAUCCUUAAAAUGAACAGGAAGCAGCUUUAGCUCUGGCUCUUUGUUGGUGCCAGGUUAAAGGAAAACUCAGUAUUUUGCAACUUCUGCCUUGUAAAAUAGCAAGUGUUAUGAUUGUAAUUCUCAAAUGGUACAAAAUCUCCUGUUGUCUGUAUUGGAGCCCUCAGAGAUUGGAUUCUAACAGCCUGUUUGAUCUGUUUUCUUAUUCCACAGCUCCCCUGUCAUUUCUAACCUGUAUAGUCAGUGUUAAGAGAUCAUUCUCGUGUGUUGGCAAGUAGAUAAUGAUCAACCCAAAUGGCUGAUAGAAGAAACAGUGUCAGAGGGGGAAAGUGUUUUCUCUGGAAAUGAUUGUGUUCAUGUUCACUCUUGAAUUGUGCAUAUUUUCUGUCAUUCAAGACCAGAUAAAUUGUGAGAAGAUGAAAUAAUUAUGUUCAUACCCCGUUGGUUGCGCUAUCGCUUGCUCCAGGCAUGAAUCCAUAGGACAGAACGUGCAUUUUUCUAUUUUUGUUCCACUUACACAUACGACAGACAUUGAAUACUUCAUUUGUCCAAAAUGUGGUUCUCUGAUGUAGCUGUUCCCUUUCUUACUUCAUUGGCUUAUAUUUCAUUUCCUAGACAGUCAUGAUCAUGUUCACUUUCUCUGCGUUUUUCAGCUGUGUUCUUCAAGAAUCUCCAUAUCAUAUGUCUGUUGCCUGUGCUGGCAUCAUAUAUCAUCAGUGACCAAGAGAUUUGUAAAAUCUUGUGAAAUUACUUUCAGAUCAUGUCCCUUCUGUCUGUAAUCACUGAAUUCCACCCAUGGAUCUCCAAGACAUGUUCCUACUGGUGCAUCAAGUUGUUGGCUCAUGAUUAGUGAAAAUUUAGUUGCAGAAGUUGUUACUUCAAACUUCUGCACAUCCUCAGCAGCUGCGGGCUUCAAGACCUUGGGUCUGUCUUCUCAUAGCCUAAUCUGCUUAUGUGUGGUAUUGGUUAUAGCCUCCAGCUCUGUUCCAGAACUGUCGGAGGGGCUAUUUCCCUAUAAGAUUUGGCUUCAGUAAAUAAUGGAUUCCAUUCCUUUCUUCCUCCCAGGGGAUCUGAGUUAUCCUUAUUCCACUGGGUUUCAUGUGCAGGAUCAAGUUGCUAUAGGAUAUACAUCCUUGUGGAAUUCUCAUCUCUGUUUUUAUUCUCUUUAGUUUCUUCAUUCACGUUGUCACAGCCACCACUGAAAACUAUAAGAGAGGUUUGGAGGAUAGAGAUUUAAAUGCACAGUUAGCCCAGGAGAGGUGAUUGUCUUCAGAGGAUCAUUGGCAGCAUUCUUACAUCUUCGGCAAAUUACCAGUUAGUGCUGGCUUAUUAUGAACAUAGGUUAAUUGUUGUGUCAUGUUUGCCAGUCUCCCACCCACUCAUUUUGGGAACAUGACUUGUAUUCAGUUAUAGCCAGCAUGUUUUCUGAACUUCUUUGCAUUGCACGUUAGAUGUAGCCACAGCACAUCUGUAACUGUGAUGACUUAGUAGCAGUGUAUCAGACAUCUUGUCUCUAAGAUUUUUGAAAUAUUCAGAGAAAUGCACAUUGCAGUCUAAGACCCUCAUUUCAAAGGCAUGAAUUUUGUCAGCUUCAGGAGCAGUGAAGUCCUGCAUCUUUUGUUUCUGGAAAAUUUUUCUUCUGCUUCCAACAAAUAAAAAAAAAAACCCCAGGGAUAUCAAGACUGGUCCUUUACCUGAAGCCAAACACCUAGACCUUGAACUACUGUUCAGCCUCAGGAUCUAUUAGGGCAGCCUGAGCAUCAAACGAAAUAGCAGUAUUCCUUUGCCUUGGGCUUCUGCUGAUCCCAACUCUGACCACAAAUGCUGUUACCUUGGGAGCAUGUGCAAUAGAGAAUCAGGAACAAAUCCUGCGAUUCUAGCCUCUUGUUUUUGCCAUCACCCUGUAUGCCUCAGCCUGGAGUCCAUGUAUGUGUUUGUGCGUGGUGGAUACUGUGUACUGAAGGAUAACAUAUGUAUUUUGUCUCUUUACAGCUCUGCUACCUCCACGUCCGUCCCUUUUCAAAAACCUCUCAGAGACUGCUUCAGUUAAGAGAUUCAGUGGGGAGAAUAGAACUGUUUCCCACACAGCUUGGAGAGAAGGCAUUUUACAGGAAGUGUUUUCUAGUACAAGGGAGGAAUGGAGGAUAGCAAACCAUUUUGGAUUUAUAAUAGUUGCACAUGAGGGGAGUACAAUUAUAUACGUGCUCCUCAAGUGGGGAUUAGUUUGUCUCUGCUUUUAUGACAUUUACUUCCCUGUAUUCAUCAGUGAGUUUCAUUGAAAGCGCCUUUGUUUACUGUGAGAAAAGAAAAAUUACUAAUAGAAAGCCCCAACAGUCAUUCAGCAUCUACUUCAGUUGUGAGACUGGAUAAUGUAACCAAGGGGUCCUCAUCUUCUCUCCUACUCUGUGAUGUAACUUCUAAGUUAAGGAGCCUGUUCCAAUGACAGAGAAUCAGGCUUGUUAGUCUUGAAAAGAGUAAGGUCCACAUCAGAGUCCUGGAGGCUGAGGUAAUGCAGAGUUCAUACAAGCAUUUUGUGCUGUGUUUAGGUGAUGACCAUACCAUAACAUAAAAAUUAAGGGAGGGAUAUUAGAUUCUCUCCUCUCUAGAAGCAGCUGACUUGUACUCAGUAUGUGAAGUAUUAACUUCACUUUUACAUGGUUCAUCUUGGCCUUUAAAACAGCCUCACAAGUCGUGUGAGUGCCAUCAGUGGGAGGUGGCACUAGAUAGACCAUUUAGUCUUGGGUGCCAACGAGACAUACAGAAAUUUCAGUUCUCAAGACUAGAUAUGCUCUUGGACAAUCAUGGUUUGUUGGAAAUGCUCCUCAUUAUGAUGCCUGGAAGGUCAACAUACAUAUCUCUGAUACUGGUUCCACGCUAUGGCAGGAGGUUUUGUUAUCAAGACCUUUGUUUACUAGUAGGAAUCUCAAUGCUGUGCCUCUUCCUCAUACCGGAAUAUGGAUGGUCUCCGUGUGCAUGGAGUUGAAUGGCUGGCAGUGCUGGACCAUUCCUCUUCUUUACCUGUGAAGGAGAUCAUCGACUUAUAGGUGAGUUGACAGAACAGACUGGAUUCUCAGCUUGCAUUUUUUUCAGGCCUGUACCUUGUACUAAUACAACAGUUCCAGUCAUUUUGGAUUAUUUGCUGGAAACAAAAUUAGCCUGGCUCCUGACUUAUUUUUGUUAAGGUUUACUUGAUCAAACUGCCAAGGACUUUUUUUUCCUCAGUCAGUCCUGCAUUUGCUGCUCAUAUUAAUCUUGGGCUCACUGUUUGAAUCUGGAUGGGUUAUUUGCAGGUGUUAAAAUAGUUGGAUUUUUUUUGGUUGCAGAAAGUAACUGGCUGAUUGAUCCUCUUUGUACUAUUUCCUUUCUGAACACAUUAUUCCUGUGGAUCUGUCAUGAGUUUCUUCAGAAGGAAGCUUCUGAGCUUUACUUAAACCUGGGACUUGACUUCCUUUUCUUCUUUCUAGAACCUCUUGUUUCUAGAGCUAAGACAUCCUUGUUUAUGCCAAACAUCAGGGGGACCUUAUUUUAUCUUUGCAGAAUCAGAUCAGUCAAACAGUCCUUGAGAUUGGCUAUACCAAGAGCACUAAACUUAACAUUCAUAGUUCUCUUCAUACAGAAAGUGGUUAACUGGAAAAGAGAUGGUCAAAGAGGAGUGUAAGGGAGAAGGUGAAAAAGGAGUAAUUGUUGACAGCCUUGCCCACUAGAAGAAGUAGGAGCAUCAAAUGAAAUUAGCAGAUAACAAAUUAAAAGAAGAAAAAAAAAAACGGGGGGGGAGUGCGUGCGAUUUUUUUUUUUUCACAGUGUGUAAUUCACCCAUGGAACUCCUUGUCACAAGAUGUUGUGGAUACAAAAAAGUGUUUGUGGUUUGAAAAGACAAGUAGACAAGUCCAUGAAAAAGUGAUCUAUUAGGGCAUAUUAAAUAUUAAAACUAAAAAACAAGCAGGAAGUUUCUAAGACCUUUUAAGUGACUAUUCUGGGGAAGUAUCACAAUGGGCUUUUGCAAUUUUUAGCUUGUCUAUCAAGCAUGUGCUGUCGACCACUGUCAGAAACGAGGGGUGGGCUAGAUGGUCUUGUAGUCUGACUUUGUAUGAAUGUUUUAUUUUGACAGUUGCAGUACAGCCUACUAGAACAGCCAAGGCAAAGCUGCCUUCCAGGACAGCGGCAUGUUCCACCAGAAUUCAGUCUGGGUUUUCUAAGAAAAGUCUCCACUGCUGACAUCUGCCAAUUUGUCACAUGCAGCUUGUCUACACCUUCGCCUGGGUGGGCACUAUAUAUUGCAGAGGCUUUCAGAAUGAUGAAGCUCUUAAAAGAGCAUAAAGGACACCAAGAUCCACCUCUAGAUAGUUGUGAUUUUGGGGGAAAGUAGGUUGCUCUAUGGAAGCAAUUCAUAAUAUGAUGUUUGUAAACGGUUAAUUGCUUAAACAUGGAAAAGAAAAUACCUACCACUAGCUGAAGCUCUUAAGUUACCUUAUUCAUACACAUUUCACUUCUCGCCAUCUUUGCCUUCCAAAGUGCUUCGGUGCAGAGCACCUUCAGGGUGAAUGUGCACAACCACAGCACAUCUUAAAGAACUACUGUACCUGGUAACUGCUUUCUUCCCAUUUUAGAACCCUACUGUCCUUUUCCAAAGAAUGAGAUUAAGUUUCCCUGCUGCCUUAGAGAUAAGCAGUUAGGAAAUGCAAGCUGAUCUUCAAAAUUGUUGGAUUCUGUGCCCCUCCAUGCAGUUUUAACACAGAGGACAAACUCCACUGAACUAAAGGUGACAAACAAAACACCAAGUCUGCCCUGAGGAGUCUGCUCUGUCUGUUACCUUACCAAAAAAGGAUUUUACUGGCCCUCAUUGAAAAAGAGUUUUCACUGCUGUUUCCAAUUUAAAGGAAAGAAUCACUGAUCACUGUGGAGACCCUGGUGUGAAGGCUUUGCCAGUGGUAUUCAGUGAAUCAUAGUGGUUCCCUAGGGAGAAGAGUAUACUUAACAGGGCCUCUUCAAGUCCGCGCCUACAGUGCACACAAUGAGCUUGAGAAAUCUUAUGUUCUUUGAAAAGGAGUAGCUUCUUUAUCUGACCUAUCAAACAAAAAAAUUGAAUUGGCCUUAAAAAACCAAAAUUGAUGCAAUUGUUAAGAAUUUGGGGGCUGUUAAAAAUAUAUCUUUUAUUACCAGAAUUUUUAUCAUUUGUUUGGGGCAGGUGGAAGAGGUGCUGUUACCUUUAAAAGCAAUUUCAGCAUUGUAUUUGGCCUUUUGCCUACUGGUGUUCUGGGAUGUGCAACAGAAGGCAACCCCAGAACAUUAGUUUAAUUUGGUGUCCCUGCAAGAGUAUUUUAGAAAAUCUCAUUUCACCAUAGUUAUAGGAAUGGUAAAGUGUAGUCUCCUUCCCCCAGACUAAGAGGAGACAAGUUACUGUACUCAGUGUAGUUAUGUUCAAAAGUCAUAAAAUCUACUAAAAAAAAUGUUGCAGGGUUAUUGAUCUAAUCCCUAUGUCUUGAGUAAUAUCAUGUCAAAAGUCAGAAAGGGAUCUUUGAAAAGUUCCUCUACUGCCAAGUCCAAAUAUUUGACUGUUAUCACUCCUUCAUUCUACUAUAAAACUUGUUUUUUCUGAGAUUGGGGAAGAAAAAUGGCAAGAGAUUUUUCCCCACUGUUUCCAGCAGUUACUAUAUAGGAUUCACCUCAUGUUUUUCAAGUGGUUUUGCCUUAUUUAUAUGACCUUCUGGAAAGUUCAUGCUGUGUCAGAUAUAUUUAAUACAUCUAGGAAGUCUGUGCCAUUCUUCAAAGUGUGCAGAUGGACAGCUGUGAAUCUACUGGGAGGGCAAAUGAAGUUGUAGGCAUCCCAUUAGUGCCACUAGUUACAGUACUUAUGCUUUCAGUUGCAUGAUGCUUCCUCCAUUCAAACUGGGGUUGUCUUCCCUCCUGAAAGUGUGUUUUCGCCACCAUUUCUAAUUCCAGAAAUUUAUUGUGGAAUACAUUUUGUCUAUGAUAUCAGCUACGAAUUUUUUUUUCUUAUCCACAGACCUACAAAACUCAUGUCUCCAUAUGUCUACUGAAAAUCUCUCAUGAAAAAUAUCUAAGAAUAAAGAUUGGUGGCUCUUCCUGCCAAAUUGUGGCUCUGCAAUUUUCUUUGGUCUUUUGAAUGAUGGCUUGGCUGAGAGCAGGUGAAAUUGAUAAAAAAUGAAAGACAUUUUAAAAUGUGUAGUCAGCACAUUUUAACUGCUGCCACACGAUACUUCCCUGAGAUUUUAUUGCCAUCUCCUUUAUUUUGUUUCUCUUUGUUGUUUGUUCUGUUUGUUUGUUUCCAGUUCUUCAGAUUAGCACAAUAGAGCACUUAGCAUGGUAGUAUCCAAAUGAGAUCUUCAGAUCCUAAAAUAUAGUUGGAGAUUUCUGUAGCAAGUGUCCUUUGAGGGGGCAGAUAUCAAAUUGUGUCAUGCAAGGCAGCUUGUUGCAAGCUGGAUGUCUUCCAGAGACUCUUGUUGUGAGUCAGACUGUCUGCUGCUGCUAUCCCCCACAAGUGGAGUUUCUUACAAAUCCUUGAAAACAGUGGAGAACUCCCAAGCAUCUAGUCUACCUGCAAGAGGGUUUCAGCACUUCAAAAGACCAUAAAUUUUAGUUUCAAGAAAGGACCAGAACAUCAUUGCCAAGACAUUCCCCUGUCGUUGCACUACGUGCAUUGCACAAAUCUAAGAUUUGCCCCUGGUUGCACAGCAAAUCUUUGUUUUGUCUGCUUCCUGAAGAGGAUAGUAACUUCAGGAGAAAAAAGAAUUCCUUCCUGAAGAAUGUCAGGAAAUCUCUGGUUUGAUAUGACCCAGCUGGCUUCUUUCAUCAAGUGAUGUACAUGCACUGGCCAUGAUACAUUAUUAUAAUGCCUCAUGCUGAUUUCUGUAUGUGAUGAAUGAAUAUCUGUAAAUAACUAGUGAGAAAUGUCUGAGUGUUGGCAGACUAGAAAAGGAGGUCACCUUUGCUUUCGGCAACAUGCAUAACCCCUACAUGUAAUUAUUUCUUGCAUUGAUCUCUGUGGACAGCAAUGAGGUAUCAUCUUGCCUAGCCAACUAAGUGGAAUGAGAGACAAAGAAUAUCACCCUGCACAAAGACCACUACCCCCCUGAAAGGGGGAGAAAUAAAUCUUUGUCCUCAGAAGAUA